AUGUCCGGUCCUGGAAACUUUAUCCGAUUACAAUUUUACUCUCGUGCAACCCGAUUGCACCCCAAGACUGCAUCCAGACUACCUUUUCCUCGCAGGCCAUAUAGUUCCGCAACGGUGAGCAGCUCGAGUCAACAACCCUCGAAAUGGCCGCGACGUCUGAUCUAUGCCGGGAUAUUCGGAGGGUUGGGUCUUGCAGCUGGCCAAUGGAUGGAUUAUAAAGUCUCCGCUCCUCCAGUGCCUGGGUCAGAGGAAGAUAGGCGGGAAAUUGCACGUAUUCACAGCUUCUAUGAGAACGCUCUGCCCAUCGUCCGUGACCUGAGAGAUAAUCCAGACUAUGUGGAAUCAGAUGCAUACGGGAAUUUCACGGAGGAAGAGAAGAAACACAUGUUGACAUCUGGCCCAUUACGUGGGAGCGGAGGACUGGCGUUACAGAAAAUCUUCUGGAAUGAAAAGGAGAACAAAGCUAUUAGCGUCGUAUUUCUUGGACGGGCUAUUGAAGGUUGGCCGACUGUUAUCCACGGAGGCGCUAUAGCUACCCUAAUCGAUGAGAACCUGGGCCGUGUAGCUAUCCGCCAUUUCCCUGAAAAGACCGGUGUUACCGCAAAUCUUGAGAUUAAUUACCGUCGUCCUAUGUUCUCCGAACAAUUCUACACCUUACAUACGACCAUAGAUCAGGAAAACAGCACGGAACGCAAGGCCUACACCAAAACUGAAGUGCGGGAUUUCACUGGGAGGAUCUGCACUGAGGCAAUGGGACUUUUUGUCGUUCCGAAGACUUUAAAACUACAGAAACUGGGAGAUCAAUACUAA